GAUUCACACUGAAAAAUCCCCUUUCUGUGACAUGGUAUCAGAGCUGGAGGUGCCGCUCAGCCCUCGCCGGCGGUGAACCGGUCCCUGUGCUGGAGCUCCCUUCAAGGAGAAGUGGAGAGAAGGAGGUGCUGCGGCCGCUGGAUCGGAAAGGAGAAGAAGGGGGCGCUGGUAGUGGUGGCCUGGAGCAGAGAAGAAGGGGCUAGGUGGAGUUGUGUCCUGGUCUCUUGGAGGUGGCAGAGCUGUGCUGAGAUCUGGGAGGAGAGCACGUGCAGCAGGACAUCUGAAGAGGAGCUGUGGCUGCUGCUAUCCUGGAGGCUGGAGUGGAGAGAAGAAGAAUUGCUGGUUCGUGUGUUACUGCUGCCUUCAAUUUCUGGAGGUGUGGUGCUGUGGUCGAAUUCGUUGGGAGAGUUUCUUUGUGAACCUGCAGUGAGGUUGUAGUACUGGAAAUGGCAGGCAAGGAGGAUGAUCCGGUGGUUACAGUGAAGGAGCUUGCAGCGGUUCUGCAGGCAAUGGAUGAGAAAUACAAAGUUAUGUUUGAUGCAAUUCGAAAGCAAAGGGAAAGCUCAAAGUCAGAGAAUGAGAUGAAGGAAGAAGUUCAUCCUCUGCAGAUGCCUAGUGUGAAGUUGGAAGGUGCAGAAAGCUAUGCCAACUGGUCGGAGCAUGUUGAGACAAUACUAGUCUCAAGGAAGCUUGAAGGUUACAUAUUAGGAACAAUUGAGAAACCUGCUGAUGAAAAUUCCAGAGAGGGCCAGAGGUGGAAGAUGACGAAUGCCUUGGUAAGAGCAUGGUUGUUAAGCUCGGUAUCGCCAGAAAUUGCUAAACAGGUUGGAAGGAUCAAACAUGCUGCAGAGAUUUGGAGAUUGUUGAAAGGCACAUACUCAGGAGUAGGAAAUGAGAUGUUGGCAUGUAGAAUUCAGAAAGAGCUACAAGAGUUGAGUCAAGGUGAGAAGACGGUGGUAGAAUAUGUGUCUGGGCUGAAACGUCUAUGGAGUGAUUUAGAUUAUUAUGAUCCCGUCGGAUUGGAGUGUGGAAAAUGUGUUGAAGAAUUCAGUAAAUGGACCGAAAGGAGGCGUGUCAGGGAUUUUCUAAAUGGACUCAAUCUUAAAUAUGAAAACAGAAGGGCAGCACUUUAUGGCAGUGGGAAGCUUCCUAGUUUGGAGCAGGCUAUUUCUGCGAUCAUUAGUGAAGAAACUCGGCUGAAGCUAGAUGAAAGUGUGCCGGCCACUCAGGGGAUGGCACUGAGACAUUCAGCUCUAUUUGCCACUAGAAAUCCUAGCUUCCAAAAGGCAAGAGUACCUGCAUAUGAUAGGAACUGUUUUGAGUGUGGCCAGCCAGGACAUCUUAAAGCCUCGUGUCGUGAACUAUUUGGAGGGGGGCGUGGACGAGGUCAGGUUUGGAGAGGUCGUGGUCGUGGACGUCUCCCUCAAGGCCAUGGUGGUGGCGGCCGUGGCCAAGGAACAAGACCAGCUGGAAGGGCAAAUGUUUCAGCCACUAUCGAGGAUGCAUCGAAAAUUAUAUAAGUUGAGAUGACUGCCGCUGAGCUAGAAAAGUGGAAGCAAUUCAAAGGGAUGGAACGGGGUGAUAAGGAGUUGUACAAAGCUGCUACUGCCUCUGCUGAGAUCUGUGGUAAUAUCCCUAAUUCUGCUAAACAUAAUUGCAAUGAUGCACCAUGGUUAAUCGAUUCUGGAGCAUCACGCCACAUGGCUGGUUCUUCCAAGGAUUUCUUGAAAUAUUUCCAUAAUU